AUGGAGGCGCAGUCACCCUCGCCGUUCUCGUCUCGGGUGAUUCCGCAUGAGCGUGUGCUGCGCUACGUGUACGAAUUCCUCGAUGAGAACGGCUACCAGCAAGCCCUUCGCGCGCUGCAGGAUGAAUCGAAGGUACCGUACAACAUUAUACAUGUGAAGCCUGAUGAACCCGGCAACUCAUCUGGGGUUGUCCAGGCAUCUUUCUCGGGGAAGCGAGGUAGUGCGAAGGGGUUUUCGACAGCGACGGAGCGCAACUUAGAAAGAGCAGUGAUGGAGGGCAGCUGGGCUGAGGUGUUGCACGUGUACGUGGAUGGUCUCCUGCUUCCGGAGGAGAUUAAGGCGACACUGUACGAGGUUAUUCUUGAAGAGAUUGUGGAGCUUCAUGGUCUCAUCCCGGCAGGCCGCUCGCUGCUGCUGAAUGCUCCGAUCUUCCAGCUCAUGAGGACAGACACUCCGGCACGCUACAUCCGCCUUGAAAAGAUGAUUGAGCAAGGGCAGCGCACGAUGACCGAGGGCACCGUUUACAACGCAGCCAUUCGCCACGUCACGCCGGGAAUUCUUCACAGAAGAACAGCACUGCUACAGCAACUGAAGACGGCGAUUCGCUUCACCUCGGAGGCCCCGAUCGGACGGUUGGCGGCUGCCCUGGCUCGCGUCGCCGCUUCUGACUCCGGUGGUGUGGACGGCAGUACACAAAGAACACACUCUGCGUCCAUAGUCCCUCCCCAGAGUGGCGGGCCGACGUUGUUGGCUGAGUCCUCCAACGCGGUGGCGAUCUCGCGCAAACGUGAUCGGGGACAGGCGCUUCCCGACGACGCCGCGUGGGCGGACACUUUUUUGCAGUACCCUCUUACAGCGCCGAAGGAGAUACGGCGGCGGCUACCGUACGCUGGCACGCGAGCCGUUUGCUGUUGCACCCCCCUCUCGAGUGCGAAUGAGGAGCUGCUCGUGGUCGGCUGUGCCGACGGCGUAGUUGAGUUUGUUAGUUUGACGACCGGCGAGAGCAUCGGUAACCCCCUGCGACAUUCAGGCGGGGUGAUGUGUAUGAUGCGAGACACCACGGACGGGGCGGGGCCGGCGCCGGACUGGCUCGCCAUCGGCUACCGCGACGGGUGGGUGAAGGUGUACAACGUUGACAGUCACAAGCUGGUGCGCCGAUUUGAGAUGGCGCACACGAUGGGCGUCACCGCUGUCGUUUUUUCUGGACCACGAAAUACGGUAUCCCUGUCUGGCCAUCACUCCUUCAUUGUAACAGGUUCCUUUGACGGUGCCAUUAAGGUGCUCGAGAUCGCGACUGGGGCUGUGAUUCGGACGGUCGCUAACAGCCACGCCAGCGCGUUUGUGCAUGCGCUGCUUCCUUUGGAAGCUCCCGACACUGUGGUCGACGCGCUGCGGUACUUCCUGUGCAGCAGCGGCAAUGACGGGACUCUGUCGCUAUGGCGACUGGAGGACAAGCGGGGGGAAGGGGCAGAGGUUCCAGGUACAGUGGAGCUGCUGCGUGUGCAGGGGGCAAUCCCCCUUGAUCAGAUUCAUCAUGAGCUUCGCGACGCCGUCCCCACACAACUCUACGCGCUCCCGUGUGUCGAGGAUGCGACGCAUAGCACGACUGCAACAACUACCUCCACUAGCAUCCCCGCAACAGCGACGCAAGACGCGUUUAUCCUCACUCGCGCUGGCAAGGCAUGUGUUGUUCGCAUCACCGUGAAGGAUGAGGGCAACCACUACUUCGGCGCUUCUCUCCAGGCGCUGUGCAUUAUUGCCACAGCACACCCGCUGCGCUCUGCUUUUCCGCAUGUGCACACGGUCGUCUCCAUGUCUGUUCCACUGCUCACCCUCUACGCAGCCGACUGCGAAGGCACCAUCAGUUUGCACAACAUUGAAAUGAGGUGGUACAACGAAGUUCAGUGGGCCGAGUUUGGCGGCUGCAUGCGAGUCAGCAGUGCGACUGAGCAAAGCGCUGUGAUGAUUGUGGAAGCAGGCAAGCCCAUAAAAGAUCUGCAGCUGACGUGCACCUGGUCGCCGACGCAGCAUCAGCCGACGAGUGUCGUAGCGUACAGCGUGUCUUUGCCAGCCAUCUACGACAUGCACUAG